AUGCCCUGGGACAAAGACCCUUCAACAGUCACCAUGACUCUAGCCGACGAAGCCCAGUCCAGAGGCCAUGUCGCUCCCAAAUGGCGUGGCACACAGGCCGACCAGGCCGAUAUGAGCGCCCUGGGGAGAGACCAGGUCCUGCGGCGUAACUUCCGAUUCGUCUCCAUCGUAGGAUUUGGCUGCACGCUGAUCGCCACGUGGGAGGUUGUCUUGACUUUGCUUGCACAAGGCCUAACCGAUGGAGGAACUGCCGGUCUGAUCUGGGGGUACGUCAUCGUCGCUGCUGGGUUCCUUCUGGUGUUCUUGAGUCUGGCCGAGAUGGCAUCCAUGGCUCCCACCUCCGGCGGACAAUACCAUUGGGUAUCGGAGUUUGCCCCUCCUAGCUGUCAGAAAUUCCUCAGCUACAUCACCGGCUGGCUAUGCGCCAUGGGUUGGCAAUGCGCCAUUGUGUCGAUCGCCUAUUUGGCUGGAACUAUUAUCCAAGGCCUGAUGGUGCUGAACAACCCGGGCUAUGAUGUCCAGCGUUGGCACGGCACUCUGCUCGUGAUCGCCAUCACCAUGUUUUCGAUCAUAUUCAACACCUUCCUGGCCAAGCGGCUGCCCUUUGUGGAGGUGUUGAUUCUGAUUCUGCAUGUGUGCGGCCUGUUCGCUAUCAUAAUUCCGUUGUGGGUGCUUGGCCCUCGCCGUAGCGCGAAGCAGGUGUUUACCGAAUUCAACAACGGUGGAGAGUGGAACAGCGUUGGGACUGCCACGCUUGUUGGAUUCUCGACUACCAUCACCGCGCUGAUUGGAUAUGAUUGCGCGGUGCAUAUGUCGGAGGAGAUCAAAGAUGCGUCUGAGACCUUGCCAAAGGCUAUGAUUACCUCUGUCUGCGUCAACGCCAUCUCCGGUUUCGUGAUGCUGGUGACGGUCUGCUUUACGCUAGGCGACAUUGACGAUAUCCUAGCCACUCCAACAGGGUACCCGUUCAUGCAGGUGUUCUAUAACGCGACGGAGAGUCUGCCGGGAACGAACACGAUGACUGCCAUUCUUGUGCUGACCCUGACGGCGAGCACAAUCACAGAAGUAGCAACUGCAUCGCGCCAGUUGUGGUCCUUCGCGCGUGACCGCGGCCUUCCUUUCUCCGAUUUCUUCGGAUAUGUAAACCCCAGCUGGAACAUUCCCUUGAACGCCGUAAUGGUCUCGCUGGCAGUGACAGUCCUCUUGUCGCUCAUUAACAUCGGCUCCACAACCGCACUUCUCGCCAUCGUGACCCUGACCAUUGGCGCGAUGAUGUCUUCGUACAUCAUCACCAUUGCCUGCGUCCUCCUCAAGCGUAUCAGAGGGGAGCCACUCCCACCACACAAAUGGACGCUGGGCCGGUUCGGCAUGGCAAUCAACAUCGGAGCGCUGUGCUUCCUGCUCCCGGUGUUCGUGUUCGCCUUCUUCCCGCUCACUUCGACGGUGGAACCAGACACCAUGAACUGGUGUGUGGUGAUGUACGGGGGGAUUCUUCUCAUUGCAGUGGUGUAUUAUGUGUUGCGGGGACGGCACCAUUACAUCCCGCCCGUGGCGCUGGUGAAGCGUGAGAUGUAA